AUGGGGCCGAGCUUCCCAAUAAUCUCCUUGAAGGUGUACUCCUCUGGUAGCAUAUCAAACAGGUCGGCCCCCUUGCAGAUCACCUCCUGGAUCCUCGAUGGCCUGAGGUAG